GCAGUGACCGCAAAGUGCAGACACUUCACUGAUUAGCUACUCGUAACUAGGAUUCUGUCUCUGGCUCAGUUGAAUUCGAUUUGUUGGGCUGUGCGGUUUUUGCGACUAAUAAUUAACGCGAGCAAAACAUUUGUUUUGAACUUUAUACUCAAGAUUACGUGCAAGUAAAGAAAAUGAUAUUAAAUAGAUCACUGACAUCUGUAAACCUGCUUAAACGCAGCUUUUCAACAAGUGUUUGGAGAACUGCCAGCCUACAAGGACCCCGUCAACCAAGCAUUCUUUCUGAAAAGCCCAAGCCAUCAUUCACUGAAAGAAGCCAACUGAAGUAUGCACGGCGUUUAGUGGUAAAACUUGGAAGCGCUGUCAUCACAAGGGAAGACAACCAUGGCCUAGCCCUCGGACGACUGGCCUCCAUUGUCGAGCAGGUUGCUGAGUGCCACUUGGAAGGUCGCGAAGUCAUGAUGGUUACAAGUGGCGCUGUAGCAUUCGGCAGUCAAAAAUUAGCUCAGGAACUGCUUAUGUCUCUAUCAAUGCGGGAAACUCUGUCGCCAAAAGAUCCGACACGCACAGAGCAGGGUACGUUGCUUGAACCGAGAGCAGCUGCUGCCGUAGGCCAAUCGGGACUUAUGUCGCUGUAUGAUGCUAUGUUCGCUCAAUAUGGCGUAAAAAUUGCUCAGGUUCUAGUAACAAAACCGGAUUUCUAUAACGAGGAAACGCGCAAUAACUUAUUUUGCACACUUUCCGAACUUAUUAGCCUUAAUAUUGUUCCAAUCAUCAACACCAAUGAUGCCGUCUCGCCGCCAAUGUUCUUGAAAGACGACGACCUACCAGUUGGAUCGAAAAAGGGAAUCGCCAUUAAAGAUAAUGAUAGCUUAGCCGCUAUGCUUUCAGCAGAGGUGCAGGCGGACUUAUUAAUUCUAAUGUCCGACGUAGAUGGAAUUUACAACAAACCUCCAUGGGAAGAUGGAGCUAAACUAAUGCACACUUAUACCUCAAAUGACCGACAUGUCAUCGAGUUUGGCAAAAAAUCUAAGGUUGGCACUGGCGGCAUGGACUCGAAAGUGAAAGCAGCUACGUGGGCGCUGGAUCGUGGUGUUAGUGUUGUGAUUUGUAACGGUAUGCAAGAAAAGGCCAUUAAAACUAUAAUUGCUGGCCGGAAAGUAGGAACAUUUUUCACUGAGUCUACAGAAGGUUUCUCGACUCCCGUAGACGUCCUGGCCGAAAAUGCGCGCGUUGGCAGUAGACAGAUGCAGGCGCUAACUCCGGAACAACGAGCCAAUGCAGUUAACCAUUUGGCUGAUUUAUUGGUAAGCAGGGAGGAAUUCAUUCUGCAAGCGAAUGCAAAGGACUUAGCUGAGGCGAAACGCCACGGUCUUGCGAAACCACUACUGUCACGUUUGUCCUUGAAUUCUGCUAAAUUGAAGAAUUUGUCUAUCGGAUUGAAGCAGAUUGCCGAAUCCAGUCAUAAGAAUGUUGGACGCGUCCUGCGACACACACGUCUAGCAGACAAUCUGGAAUUGAAGCAAGUCACAGUACCUAUCGGAGUACUUUUAGUUAUUUUCGAAUCCCGCCCUGAUUCAUUACCUCAGGUAGCUGCUUUGGCAAUGGCCUCUGCCAACGGUCUUUUACUUAAAGGUGGUAAAGAAGCUUCUAACAGCAAUAAAGCCUUGAUGGAGUUGGUCAAGGAAGCGCUUUCAACAGUUGGAGCGGAAAACGCAGUUUCCCUGGUAUCGACUCGUGAGGAAAUUAGUGAUCUUUUAUCGAUGGAAGAUCAUAUUGAUUUAAUAAUUCCACGUGGAUCAUCCGAACUUGUUCGAUCCAUUCAGGAGCAGUCUGUCCAUAUACCAGUGUUGGGACACGCCGAAGGUGUCUGCCAUGUUUUCGUUGACAAAGACGCCGAUUUACGCAAGGCACUGAAGAUAGUCAGAGACGCUAAAUGUGACUAUCCAGCAGCUUGCAAUGCCAUGGAGACUCUUCUCAUCCACGAGGACUUAAUGAGUGGCAGUGUCUUUAGCGACGUCUGUCGCAUGCUGAAGAGGGAGGGUGUCAAAAUCUAUUCGGGACCAAGACUUAGCCAGAAGUUAACCUUUGGUCCUCCAGCAGCGAAAAGCCUAAAGCAUGAGUAUGGAGCACUGGAGUGUUGUAUUGAGAUUGUAAAGGAUAUCGACGAAGCAAUAGAGCACAUACAUACAUAUGGUAGCGGACAUACCGAUGUCAUUGUCACGGAAAACGACUCUGCGGCACAACAGUUCCUGACAUCGGUUGACAGCGCUUGUGUUUUCCACAAUGCUAGCUCGCGUUUUGCCGAUGGUUUCAGGUUCGGCUUGGGUGCAGAGGUGGGCAUAUCAACGGCGAGAAUCCACGCGCGUGGUCCCGUGGGCGUGGAGGGACUUCUUACCACCAAGUGGAUUUUGCGAGGCCAGGAUCACACUGCGGCUGACUUUGCGGAAGGUGGAAAUGGCGUGUGGCUGCAUGAAUCGCUGCCCUUAUGAAUGCAUGCACCGAGAAUAACCUACAUGCGUAAAUUAUUAUUAUUUUUGUAUAUAUUUUGUACGUUUGGACAAAAAGUAAAUGUGUAAGACUUGCAUUUGGAGAUUUGAAUAUGUAUGUAAGUAUGUAAGUAUAUAAGUAUAUUACUGUUGAGUCAAAAAAUAAAAUUUUUGCUAAUACAUGAACAAGUAUCAA